CUCCUCCCUGAUCCACCACCCCCAUCUUUACGCUCCUUUCUAAUGACCAUUUUCCUACAUUCACGCAUGGUAUCGCCGGGCUGAGGGAACACCUCCAGGCUGCGCACUUUUCGUUUUCUAUCGCUUUCUCACUUCAUCUUUUUCUUCACGUGGCUGCAUCUCUCCCGCGCCUUUUCUCAUGCCGAUUGCCACUUCGCCCUCCGACACGCCUCAUCCGACCACCUUGGGCAAGAUGGAGGACAGGAAGAGACCUGCCAUCAGCACCGUCGAGGACUUGGCGCCACCAAGCAAAAGGCAAGCUGUCAACGGCAGCAGCAAGUCAAAAGAUGACUCCGGCGACAUGAAAGAAGAGGCCUGGAUCGAGGAAUAUCAAAAGGGUGCUAUCUUCCGCCAGAUGCUUGAAUACAAGCGAGAAAAGCAGAACAUAGAAGCGCGACUGCAGGAAAUCGAAAAGAAGUCGACUGACCAUGACGAUCAUAUCCGGAUCAUCGAUGCCUGGUGGCUGCAGCUUUUGCAAGAGAUCGAGCUACUCGUUGAAGGCACCGUAUCUUCAUCAGCAUCUUCAGGCUUCCCCCUCACCUCCGGCCUGUAUUUCAAGGACAGCAGAGACUUUCAACGGCACCUCGCUGAUAAGGGGAAGACACUCGAGGCGAGGAUUGGCGCAUUGUUUACGCGACUUGCCAGUUCUCGGGGCGAGGUUAAGCCCGAAAUGUCCGACUUGGAAGCCCAAGUCAAAUCGCUUCUGGCAAGCGAAAAGGAGUACCUCGUCGAGCUAGAUCGACUGAAGUCGGAAAACGAAACCCUGUCGGAACAGUACAACACGGGGAUUCUGAAGGUCAUCAAAGCCGAGAGGAAACUAGAUAGGGUCCGAAGUGCCCAGGUCCAAAAGCUGGAACAACAAGCACUUGCAAAUGCGACAGCACGCCCGGCCGGCGGUUUCGACGAGAACGGCGCUCCGGUUGGCGAGAAUGGCAACAAUGAGGCCCUCCAGCUACAAUACCAGGAAGCGAUUGCCGUUGUCGCCAAGCAAAAGGAGCAGCUAGCAUCCGUAUUGGCUCAGCUCAAAGAGCUGCAGGAUGAGAAUUCGACAUUCAAAUCGCGGAGGGAAACUCUCACAGACGAUGACUAUGCGCGGACCGAAGUAUUCAAGCAGUUUAGGAGUCAGAACGAGGAUCUGAUAAAGCGGAUCAACAACCUCGAGGCGACUAACAAGCAGCUCCGCGAGGAAGCCGAGAGAUUGCAGGCAGAGCGAACCUCUUUCCGCGACCAGCUCGAGCGAGAAGCGCAGGCUCUGACACUGGAGCUUGAAGACCAGCUCCAGGCAAAGGAACAGGACCUCACCCGGAUCCGGUCUGCCAGGGACGAGCUUUUCACCGAGAACAGUCAGCUAAAGCAAGUUCAGGGUCAUGAGCGCGUGGCCUUGGAGCAACUAAAGGAACUGACAAGUGCGACGGCCGACCGGGUGAAGGAGCUCGAGUCCGAGUUGGAACGCCUUCGACCAGGCGAAGACACGUCCAUGUCAGAUCCGCGCCCAGACGUCGAGGCCCUGUCAUUGGAGGAGUUGCGGCAGAAGUAUUUGAAGCUGGAGAAGGACUUCGAGUCAAUCAACAAGGAGAUGCCUCUCCUCGAAAAGUCGUACAAGAAAGCUAUGAGCUUGGCCCACAAGAAGGUGAUGGACUUUACGGCGUUGGAGGAUAGAGUGGCUCAACUCUCGGCUGAGAAGAGCAAGGCCGACCAGAAGUACUUCGCGGCACGGAAGGACAUGGAUAUCAGGAACGGCGAGAUCCGGUCUCUUCGUCUCUCCAACGGGAAGAGCUCAGACAUCAUAUCCCAGCUCAAGGAGGCCGAGGCGCAAAGUCGCGCUUUGAUCAGCAACCUGGAGAAGCAGCUCGUGGACUUCAGGCAGUCCAACUCGUCGCUAGCGGCGGAGCACAAGAAAUUGGAGGCAACUAGUAUCGAAGCUAGCAGGCGAGCGGAUGGCAUGAAGGCGCAAAUAUCCGAGUUGAACAACCUGGUCAAGUCACGGGAUGCAGCGAGCAUAGCCAUGCGGGAGCAAACCAUCGCCCACGAAACCGAGUUGGAGAAGUUGAAGGUGCGGGUGGACCAUGUCUCGAAAGACCGCGACAACUGGAAGACGAAGAGUCUGAGCAACUCGACCACCGAGGAAGAGAUGAUGAGAAACCUCAUUGUGUGCACUGUUUGCCGGAGUAAUUUCAAGAACUCGGUCUUGAAAACAUGCGGCCACGUCUUCUGUAACGAAUGCAUCGAGAACCGCAUCACUAAUCGCAUGCGGAAAUGUCCGAGCUGCAAUAAGGCCUUUGACAGGGUUGAUGUCAUGGCAGCGCACCUUUAGGACAACCCGAACGACAGAUCAAUGGCGUCGAGGCAAGACGUCAAAGGGAGGGAGGGGGUAAGCCCAGCUGACUGCAUCGGCUGCCAUGCCGAAGCUCGGGCCCGAUAAUGCUGGGAAAAGGGGAAUUGCAACUCAGCCCCCGGAAUGGAUUCAUUGGCUUGGUGCCUGAAAUUCUGGUUUUGAAUCCUGAGCUCGUGUACUACUAUUGUUUGAUGCUGAGGGAAUUACUGAGCAGCAAUCGAGGGUGUUAGGAGGACAGGAUAGAGUUAGACGCGAGAUUACCCAUUCGUAUUCAUGUACUGUACAAACAAGCGCCAGUACAACAAGGUCAUUAUAUGUAAGAGUACGAAAGCUCGGAGCCGAG